AUGGCGCCGGUCGCCCUUGCCGCUACUCUUCUGCUGGCGCUGUCCACCGCUGCCCCAGUGGCCGACGCAGCGCCGUCCCUCCCUUCAUCCCCGCGCCUGGCCCGCUUCCUCCGCCGAUUCUACUAUGGCGACUCGGAGGGCCUCGCUCGCCCCGCUGCGCUGGUCGACCGCCGCUCCACACUCCCCGAUGGCUGGACCUACGAGGGCUGCGUGACAGAGUCGAGCGGGCAACGCCUCUUGCAAGGCUUUGCCUUUUCCUCUUCGUCAAACUCCCCCACGCUCUGCCUGACGGAAUGUGCCAAGCGCGGAUACACCAUCGCGGGCACAGAGUAUGGCGAUGAGUGCUACUGCGCGACGGACCUGGAGGGGUCCGGCGGCGUCACCGUGUCUGAUUCCUACUGCUCGUCCAGCUGUGCUGGGUCCAGUGGCGAAAAGUGCGGUGCGGCGUGGUACCUCUCGCUCUACACUUACAACUCGACACUCGGUGGUGUGCUGUGUAGUGCUGGAGGGAGCAGCAGUACUGGUACUGCCUCGCCCAGCGCGACAUCUACCACCACCGAGUCGACGUCGAGCACGUCGGUUCCCUCCUCAACGAGCCCGACAGCCACUAGCGAGCCGACUGUGUCGGCUUCGAGUGGUCUUCCCACUACCUCGAGUGACUUUCUGACGACCUCGAGUGGGCUUCUCACCACGUCCACUGUCGAGCCGACUUCUACUGAGCCCACUUCCACGGCGCCGACAUCCACUGAGCGGACUUCCACCGCUUCCCCCUCGGCCACAGGGUCAUCGUGGACGCUCAUCGGCUGUGCGCUCGACUCUGGUUCGCGCCUCAUGAACGCUGCUUCCGAGCAGAAAGUCACCAACAUGACUCCAACCUUGUGCCAGUCGUUCUGUGGCGACAAGGGCUACCCGUACGCCGCCACGGAGAAUGGCGAGGAGUGCUGGUGCUCCUCCACGCUGCCUGCGACUGUCGACUGGACGUCGGCAAGCUGCAACGACCCGUGUACCGGUGACAGCAGCGAGACGUGCGGUGGACAGUGGGCUCUCCAGGUGUAUUCCAAGGGCUCGACUAGUGGUGCUACCACCGGUUCUGCCGCGAGCACCAGUGGCUCGAACACGGCAACAACCUCUGUCGAGUCACAGUCCACCGGUAUCGCGGAGACUGCCAUCAGCACGACGCUGGCGCCUACGAGCGCCGCGUCGUCGCAGUCCACCAGCGAGGGUGUCUCGAGCGGUUCCCCGUCGCUUUCCACUACUGAUGGUGUCUCGAGCACCAGCGCGGGUAUCUCGAGUACCAGUCAAGGUGUGACGAGCACCAGCGAUGGUCUCACCACCACCUCGACAGUCAUGCCUACGUCAACCUCUGUUAGUGAGCCCGCGACCACCACCUCAACCGUUGCGCCUAGCACAACUUCGGUGCCGGCCUCGUCGGCAAGCCACUACGUCUGGGCACACCACAUGGUGGGCUACACGUACAGCUACUCGAGCUCGGACUGGACCGAGGACGUCACCAACGCCAAGGCUUAUGGCAUUGACGGCUUUGCGCUCAACAUGGGCUCCGACUCGUGGCAGCCCGACCGCAUUUCCACUGCUUACGCCGUUGCCGAGUCUGCUGGCAGCUUUAAAAUGUUCCUUUCGUUUGACAUGACGUCCAUGUCGUGCUCUUCAGCCAGCGACGCCACCACGCUGGUGAACCUCGUCAAGGCCUACGCGUCCAGCUCGGCCCAGGCAACUGUCAAUGGCGCAGUCCUCGUCUCGACCUUCUCGGGCGAGAGCUGUACCUUUGGCACCGGAUCGCUCAACGGCUGGCAGACUGCCUUUAUCGACGUCCUUUCAGCCGGCGGAAUCACUGUCGAGUUUGUCCCAGCAGUCUUCUCCUCGACGUCGAGCUUUUCCUCGUACACGUGGAUGGACGGCGAGUUCAACUGGAACUCGGCCUGGCCCAUGGGCGACUAUGACAUUGGCACCGCCUCUACUGACGCGGCCUAUGUCGCUGCGCUGGGCACUAAAUCGUACAUGCCCGCAGUCUCGCCCUUCUUCUUCACCCACUUUGGCGCCAACUCGUACAACAAGAACUGGCUGUACCGCUCCGACGACUGGCUCUACUGCACCCGCUGGGAGGAGAUCAUCGCCAUGCGCGCCACCUCGACCAUGACGGAGAUUCUCACUUGGAACGACUUUGGCGAGAGCUCAUACAUCGGCCCCAUUCACGGCAGCCUGCCUGGAGACUCGGCCCAGUGGGUCGACGGGUUCGCGCACACUGGCCUCGCUACUCUGACAAACUACUAUGCCACGGCCUUCAAGACCGGCAGCUACCCGACCAUGGCCACCGACUCGAUCGUGCUGUGGUCGCGCCCCCACCCUGCCACCGCCACGGCCUCUGCCGACUCUGUCGGCCGCCCGACCAACUACGCCUGGACCGAUGACUACCUCUACGCAGUCGUCCUCGCCACCGAGGCCGCGACCGUCACGCUGACCGCGGGAACCAACACCGAGACCGUGGCAGUGGCCAAGGGCCUCAACAAGAUCAAGGUCGCCAGCUCCGCCGGCAGCAUCUCGGCGACCAUCGCCCGCUCGGGCUCGACCGUCGUCUCGUACUCGUCGGGCUCGGACUUUGUGUACACCACCACGCCCGUGACGUACAACUACAACUACUUUGUGGCCUCGGCGUCUGGUUAA